AUGGAAUCGUUAAGUACAUUGAAGACCUCGCCGAUUCAAAUUGCCACUACUAACGUCUUAACGCUGGCCAACAUAGGCAGUGUCUGUUGGCGCAAGUAUACAUAUACUUGCCCUGCCGAAAAACUCCGCUCCUUAAUAACUUCCGCCUCUCCAGACUCUAACUCGUCGACAAUGGACGAUUCCAUUGCGUCGUUAACAAAGAAAGGUGUAAUCCCGUUAGGCGAUUGGCACGUUUUUUCAAGCAGUAUGCAAAAAGUUUACGAAAGUUUACUUUGCUGCAAAUAUAAUGUACAUUUGGCUGCGACAAAUUUAAUUGUCCAGCCAAUCGUCAAAUAUAAAAGUCUACGGCAAUUGGAACAAAGCGACUUAGAAACACCGGAGAACACGCAAGCAGUGCUGGCACCAUCUGGCCUAAGGGCCAAUUUAUUAUCAAUUAAAAAUUAUAAUGAAGAAGAUGUUUCGACGAUUUUGAAUGAAUUCAAAUCGCUUUUUAACAUUAACGUAACAACAAAACCUGGUGCAGAAAACUCAUAUUUGCCUCCAUUGGUUCAAGUAUCAAUAACGAAGGAUGGAAUAACGAAAGAGUUUCCGUACCCAUCACAAUGUGUAUAUAUAAUCACUGAGGGCAAUAUGAGUAAUCAACAUGGGAUCCAUGAUCUCGGAAUGGGUCCCAUAUUAUGGGAAAAAUUGGGAGAUACUAAAAAUCUCCAAACAACAAAUGAUAAGCCGGAUGAUGUUAAUUGGUGGCAGUGCAUUGACCCACUACAUGAAGUGAAAUCUAUUCUUUCACAAAAGAAUUUUCACGAUGUAAAUGUGUCGUCACCAACCGGACUAGAAGUGACAAUGACUCCCAAUACACCCGGAAUGAUAAAUGUACAUUCAAGUGCGAGUUCUCCUGGACGCCCUAUGACACGAUCUAAAAAGAAACCAGUGGGCGAUACUAAAGCGUACCCAUCUCCGCCAGACGCAAUUCAACCGAUAUCAACUGAAUUGAUUAUGCCUCCUCCAACCAGCGAGGAUAUGCCUAAUUCAAAUGACGAAAUGAUUAAUAUCAAUCCAGACUUUGAACUUCAGGACUAUGAUCUUGACAUAUUUGAUCCGUUGGAAGAAGCGGUGACGGACGACGACUUCAAAAGCUUUGACAUAAAUGAGCCUUUUAUACAGGCUCAGACUUCGUUAAAUUAUUUAACGCCCGCGCCAGAGGCUUCAGCCUCAACAAUUAUCAGAGAGCCUACCGAGGUUCAAUCUGUGAAUCCAUCAAAGGAAACGAAGAAUCGAGUGAAUGUGAUAUGUGUGCAAGUCGAGAAAACAAACCAAUUGAUUCCGGUUGACUAUAUGCCAUUAAAAUUCAUAAAUAAUGUCGACGAAACAAAAUAUCUUCCGGGUGGGAAAUUUUAUCAGCUUCAUAAUCGUAAAAAACGCAAGAGGAUUUCGUAUGGUCCGGAUUUAAUAAGUUUUAAGAAGCCUAAAAACGCAUGGAUUUCAAUGUCCAAUAAAAAUAAACGUGACAAUUCUGAUAAUGAGUAUGAAACCGGAAGUGAAGCCACAUGUUCAACUUGUUCGGAUAGCGACUCCGACAGUUCUGAUUUUGAAACUGUGAAAGCCGCCGCAAACAUCUAUAUUAGAAAUUCUCGUAAUCUAGAAUUUAUAAAUGCUGGACGUUUAACAUUGAUCAUUGAUCUUCACGGUCUUCAUAAUAAACGUCAACUUCGUUCUGUAAAUGAAUACGAGUCAAGAGAACUUAUAACAGAAACUACACGCUUUAGCCUAAGGGAACAAGCAGUAUUGGGUUUAUACCCAUCUGGUGUUGGAGUUAAUGGAGAAGGAGAAAGCACUUAUGAAUUUCUCGAAACCCAUAGAAGUCUUGUUGAGAAUUUAAGUGGUGAAUUGUCAACCGCAUCUGCACUCCCAUUCGAAAUAGACAAAGCUAUUUAUGAUUUUAAGAACGCAUUGGUUGAUAUAUCAGAUAGAUUGCCAAAACAAGAAAAUCACGCAAAAUUGAAAGUCAAUGGACCACUUACUGUUCAAGAUUAUUGCAAUCUUAAUGGCGAGCCAACUGAAGAGGAAGAAGUUGAAGAAGUUAAAGUUCAUAAUUUUCAAGAAUUUUCGACUCCUGACAUAAUUGCGAGUGCAGAAGAUUAUUUAAUUGAAACACCACCUCAGAUUAUCAAAUAUUGGGAUACCCACAAUUUAACUCCAUAUGAUGGAGCGAAAAAUGUGAUCUAUUUCGUUCUUUAUCUCGAAUCUGAACCCCAUCAUCUACGUAAACAAGUAGAAUUCUUUAUUGAUGAGCUACGAGUGCAGUAUGAUCAUUUUUGCUCAUUGGGAACCCACGAGCCCGCGCCCGCGCCCUCUCCCACGUUUAACGUAGUUCGGGGUCUUGUGCCGAUACAAUUAUCAAAACUGAAUCAUGCGGCUACUUUAAAUGAAUCAGAGUUAGAUUAUCAGAUUCGUCAGUUUUCAUCUAUAUGUGAAAAAUUCGGCAAACUUUUAGUCAAUAUUGUUAGUCAUUUUGCCAAACUUCGGACUAGCUUUAAGGAUAGUUUAAGAAACAGAAAUCUCAACCCCAAAGUAUUAGAUUUUAUAUUUCCUCAAGUUAUUCCCAUAGAUCACAUCAUAAGAUAUAGUGGUAAAUCGUUUAAACGCAAGUCGUUAAUUAAGGAGUUAGCAUUUACCGUGUAUACCAAAUCACGGAAUUAUCAAUCUCCAUUCAUUUUGCCCAAGCCAUCAGUGGUUUCCGUUGAAUUUAAAUUGACUAAGAGACCACCACCUUUAAAAGAAAUUAUUACUUACGAUACGGUCCUACAAAUGGCGUACGGAUAUAGUUUUGAUCAACGUCUAUUAAUAAUUGUCUGGGUAGACAUGCAAGGACAUCAUAUCGGUAGUGAUAUACUACAUACAUCAACGAAAUCACAGGUUGUUCCCAAAGCGGACUUAUUUAAAAAAGCCUGGAAUCGAACAGUUGAGUUCCGUCAUAAAACGAUAGAAGAAUAUAGACGAAUAAUUGUCACAAAGGUUGGAAUAAUGUCUAAAGAAGAGAAAGAAUCGUGGCUGCAAAUAACUGAAGGAAAAGUAUCACUUCUUUCAGUUGAUAUUGAAUCAAACUUUUCCAUUGAUCCUAUCAUCGAGGUUAGAUCACCGAAACUUAAAAUAUGUGGAAUGGUAUUAAACAAACCAAUACCACUUAAAGAAUAUUUACCGAUGGCUACCGGAUAUUUGCUUGAAUCGGAUAUAAAUGAAAUCGUAUCUAAUGCAAUUCAGGUUGAUUUAAUUCAUUAUCCUCAAAAAGAUGAAAAUUAUACAUCAGCCAUAUCAACUUUAUGGGAUAUAUUAAAACAAUUCAAUACACUCACUUAUAUGGAGGUUACACCCAUUCGUGCAUGUCUUCCUUAUCACGUGGUAUCAAUUGAACGAUUAGCACGAGCCUUUGUUGGUUCUCCCACAUAA